AUGACUAUUCGUAAUUCUGAAAUUUUAAGUGAUUUUCACAAUUCAUUUUGCAAAGUUGAUGGCCGCCGUGUUGUAAAGUUGCCAUGGAAGCCAGAGUUGAUUCUUUCAUCGAAUAAUUACGAAAUAGCACUCAAACGAUUUCAAAUACUCCGUAACAAACUCUUUACUCAUUCAGACUUAAGAGAUAUUUAUACAGAACAGAUGGAAAAUUAUAUCGAUAACCAACAUAUUGAACUUGCCGAUAAUAGUUCUUGCAACGAAUCAAAACUAUUUUACUUCCCUCAUCAUAUAGUGAAAAAACAAAAGAACGACGAAAAGAAAUGGCGAAUUGUAUUUGACGCUUCUUCUCAUACACCAGGACAUCCUUCCUUAAAUGAUGCUCUUGAGCAGGGUCCAAAUUUGCUUCCAGAAAUAUUUGCAAUAUUGUUACGAUUUCGACUUCACAAACUCGCAAUCACGAGCGAUGGACGUCAAGCAUUCUUGCAUCUUAUUUUGGAUGAAGAGGAUAGAAACUGUACUAGGUUCCUGUGGUUUAGGACAGAAAAGGAUGCAAAAGGAAAAAUACAUUUGCGAAAUGAAAUACUUUAA